AUGACGCCCGACGAAAAAGGUGUUCAGAUUCUCCACUAUAUAUGGCCAAACCUGUCAGAACAAGAGCUGUCUGUUAAUGCUGCGGAUUACGCCAGGAUACGGGAAUACCUGUCGGGCAAGGGCAGAGCCCUAGAUGCCCCUUCGAGCACUCUGAGUCCGCUGUCGCUGGACGACGUACUCGGCGUAAUCGACGACAUUCGGCGUCUAAGUGCUGCCUCCAGGAGAUGGGAGGUUGUCCAAGUCGUCGGCGAGAAACUCCAACACAAAAAUCUCACCCUUCCUGUGGUGUCAAAGGCGGUAGACUUGGCGGUGAGCCUGUGGUUGACUGUCACCGUCCGAUCAACCGCCGAUCUGCUCCAUGCCAACUUCCCAAUGCUCGGAUGGGCCGACGACCAGACUCUUGAGGCCGUGCUGCAAUCCGCAUUUCAAUCGCCUAAAGAAGAAACGCCCAAGACGGUAGCCACCACUGUCGAGAUUAAAGGCGACUUGACGAUGACAAACCUAGUCACCAACUUCGGCUUCAGUAUACGCUGGACCCACAACCUCAUUGAACACCUCUCAAUCGACUGGGUAGGAAGGGUCAUCACCGUCUACGAACACAAGAUUUGCCUGUGGAACCAUCUCCGGUUCAAAGAUUCACCUCUGCCUCCCCACAUCCUCGAGGAAGCCAUCGACACCCUAAAUCUGCUCUUCCCGUUUGGGGAUACCGCCACAGAGACUUUUCUCAGAAAACAUGGCCGCACCUUCUACGGCCUCGGCUAUUUUGGACGGCGGAGGACUCUCAAAAUCGAUGACUAUUCGUACUGGCGCAAGAGGAUCGAGGAGCUCCAGAAGGUUCUCGAUGGAACACCGAGCGGACUGCAGCAGCUCGCGCUGGACAAGAACCGCAGCAAUGUGCUUGCGUUUACCACCUUUUGGAUAGCCACCGUCGUUGGGGUCCUGGCGGUUAUGGGCUUGGCUGCCGGGGUCGCGUCUACGGUGUACGCCAAGAAGCAAUACGACCUUGCCCUACUACAGUAUGCGUUGUCACUUGCUCAGGCCUGUGCUGCACCGGGGGCAGCAGAGCAACUGCCAGAGUUUUGUUCAUAA